CAAGAACUUGCUUCUUUUAAAAGAAGUCGACUUAGCUGUCAACUGAACGUUUUAAAAUAUUUCACACGUUUUGCUUGGUAGACAUCGUUCCUCUCUAGAGUCUCUACCUCAUAACGUAUAAAAUUGAUUAUUGACAUAGUUAUCUCAAUUGUACUUCAAUACAAGUGAUUUUUACAAAAUAUCUCAAUUUUCACAUUUUUACUGAUCUGGCGUGUAUCUUUUUGAAUCAGUCCAUAAAUAAAAAAGAUUUUUUCAGUAUUGGAUGCAAAUUAACUGAUGAUUUGGAGUAAAUUUCCAUUCUCAAUAACUUCCUUUACAGUUAGAUAAUGGUGUAUGAAUAGUUCAAGAAGUUUCCUUUUCUAUACUCUCCAGACAUCGAAAAACCCGUCCAUUUUCUCAUUCCAAUUCUUAAUCUCUGCAAACCUACAUUUUAGAGAAAUGUCAACAAGUUCAGGAAAACGAAAGGUCGAAUCUUCCGACAAACAAAAAACCAAACAAGCAAAGACAGAUGGUAACACGAUCAGUGUUUUUGAAGGAAAGGUAUUCAAAACAGAGAGUGAAGUCAGAGAAAGGGAUGGUUACAAAGCUGAGCUACCCCAGAAAAACUGCAACGGUGUAAUAAUAUUCAAGGACUGCAAGGAACUCACUCCAAACUUGUCGCCUAAAGAAGUACUCCAAGCUGGUAGCUUUGGCGGUACUUACUUCAGACCCAUCAAAUCGUCUGUUACAGGUCUGAAGUACAACAAACAGUGGCUGGAGCUGCCACAAGAUUGGCUAGAAGGUCUCAACAUAAAGAACAAAGUCGCCUGUUCCAUUUACAACGAAAGAGUCAACACGUACGGCAAGAAGUGUGGAGGUGACCUGGACAUGUGGGAAUCAAGCGGUUGGAUCAACAAGCAGGAUCCGUACGGCUGGUUCCAUUGGUAUUGCAGGUUUUAUCUCGGACGGCGAACUAAAGACGAUGCUAGACAAAUUCAGAGGUGGAAGAACUGUACUGGAGCGAAGGGAAGAUGGAAGAAUACUCUGAUUGGGAAGAUUGUUAAGACGGAGUCAGCUUAUGAUAACAUGAAUAUUUCUCCCGUUAUCAGGCAAACGUUGCAACAUUGGGGCUACAGGUUAACAAAAGAAGAUUUCGAAGCAAGGAAGAAAAUCCUCAAAAAACAGAACAAAUAGUCUUUGAUUAUGUCGUUUCUUAAAUUCUGUGACCCAUCUUUAGAAAUGUAUUAUAUUACUUUCUAAAUUUUGUAAUUUUGCGACUAU